AUGUAUUAAUUAACUUCCAAAAGUAGUCUUAUUCAAUAAAAUUGUAUCUUUCAUCCUCAAAAUAAAGUUGCUUUUAUCUAAGUUAAUGAAAUUUCAUCCCUUCCUAACUCUAGCAUAUUCAAAUGUUUUUCUUGCUUCGAAAAAGAUUUACAGUUUAGACAUGCCAAUUACAUGCUCAUUGAAAAUAUUAUUAAAAAUUCAGAUUCUGAUUUUCAUUAUAGAUGGCCUCCUCUGAGUGAUUAGCAGAUCAUUCAAAAUAUUGAUUUGAAGGCUAAGAAUCUCAAUUCAACAUAAAGCGUCCUCAAUUAAAUCGAUUCUUACUUCACUUAGCUAAAAGAUGAAAUCAUUAAAAAAAUAGAUGUCGCUUAGAAAAAAGCAAUCAAUCAAGCUCUCGAAAUGCCUAUUGGCAAAGAGAAAAUUUUGAAAAAGUAUCAAGAAAUAUCUUAAAUUCAAAACUUAAAAUCACUUAUUUAAGACUAGAAUAAGUCUUUUGAGGUCUACCAAAAAUAGUGUAAAGAUUUCAUUUAGUAAGUAGAGUUAAAUAGAGGUAAAAAUACGCAGCUAUUUUAAGAAUUGCUCAAUGAAUGUGACAAAAUUCAACAAUUAAUAGAUUUUGACAGAUUAAACAAAAGCAAAAUAUUUUUAUUAGAUUUUUUAGAUCAACUUAACUUUUUUGAAGAUUAAAAAUAAAGUCAAGUCAAAUCUGAAAAUAAAUUUAAAAAUAAUAAUAAUAAUAAUAAUAAUAAUAAUAAUAAUAAUAAUAAUAAUAAUAAUAAUAAUAAUAAUAAUACAUUACCAUAAUAAGUUAAUAGUAAAAUAGAUUAAUUAAUGAAAUUAAUUUCUAACGAAACUAAUUAUUGCAGUAAAGAGUUUUUGAAUCAAGUUAGACAAUAAAUGCAAAAAAAUAGUUUAUUUUUGGAAUAAAUUUCAUUUGACAAAAUGAAUCAAGAAGGUAAAAAAGCUAUCCGAUUUUCAGAAUUAAAUGAUGAAAAAAUAAACUGUGUAAAUGAAUAUGUUGAGCAUUUGAUAAAAAUAUAAGAUAAUCCUUAACAUCUCUAAUCAGUUAAGAAUUAAUUUUAAAUAUCGAAUCUACUCAAUGUUCUUGAUAACAAAUUCAAUUUUAUCUCAAAUAGUUAUCGAGAUAACUUGAUUAAAUACUUAAUUGAAACAUAUCCAUUUUUGAAAAAUGUAAACACAGACCAAAUGUUCUCUGAAGAAUAAAGCUUUAAUAUUUUGAGGAGUCUAGAAACAAAUUAUAUUUAAGAGUUUGUUAAAAUAGUAAAAAAGAAAUAGAAUCUAAAUGAAAACUAAUAAAACUUUGAAAAUAGUUAAACAUACAGAGUUCAAUAAAAAAUACUAGAAUCGUUUAUUUUUGAAAAACGUGAAUUGGAAAAUACAUUAAAAAAAUUUCCAAUCUUUGAUUUAUUAUUGUUAAAAGGGAAGAAUAUCUUGAAUCAACUAUAAUUUUAGAAAAACAAUUUACAUGAUGGAAACUAGCGAAUAGAAAUAGUUAAAAAUAUGAAUAAUUAAUUUGAAAUUUCUAUUAAUGAAACUAACUACUAAGGGAGUUAUAAAGGUAAUGAAACUAAUUGCAUUUCUUAGAUUUUAGAAAGAGAUAAAAAAUACAUAUUUAGGAUUUAAUUUCAAAAGGAAGGUUAUGGUAAUUUUAUGAUAGGAUUAAUGAAAAAUGAGAAUUUCAAUCAUAAAUAUGGAUAUAGUGAGAAUAUGGGCUACUAUUUUAGAUUAGAAAAUAAUAAAAUGAAAUACAAUGGAGGUUAUGGAAUUGAUAAAUUUUUAAAAGGAGAAAAGACAUAAUUGCUAAAUGAAAAUAGUACUUUAGAGUUGAGAGUUUGGCUAGAAGGAUAGUAAAUUGAGGAUAAAAUUUAAAAUCAAAUAAAUAGAAUGAAUGAUUUAAAAAUAAUAAUUGAAUUUGCUUAUAACUUUAAAUAUAGAGGUUCGAAUAGUAAUUGCUGA